AUGCGUUUCUUGAACUCUCUCUGGGGCACGCGUCCAUUCUGGGCGGCUUGCCAUUAUGAUCUCAAAGCGUAUGAGAUUGGAGCUGAAAGUACUCAAAUCAGUGAAGGUAUCCGAUUCGCUAUCAGUUUACCAGGCCUAGAGGAAGAUUGCCUUCGUCCAUAUUCUAUUGAGACUGCUAGACUUAUUGAAACCCUCCUUCACCAUGCAAGGGAUGAGAGGCUCGGUCGACAAAAGCUGACACCGGAGACCAUCGAUAUAUCCGUGUUACUCUGGCUCCAGCGUAAAGGCUUGACGAUGCAAGCGUUAGAGCAGGUUGAGAAGCUCGUCGACGCAGCAGACGUGUUUCUGACGACGCUCGCGGGGGCCUUACACUGGGAGGGUCUCAUGUGGCACCUACCACAAUGA